AUGAAGUGGGAAAAAACAAUAACACUUAUGUCAAGUUUGAAAUGGUUUAUUAUUUCAGUCAACUUCUACAUUGUUUUAGUAUCAGUUGCCAUAAAUAGUCAUAAAUUAUUAGUUAAAUUUUGUUCUUUGGUAUCAGUAGAAUACGGGUUUGACAGUCUUGAGCUUUUAAAUAGUUUUGCUUUCAAUGCUGAAAGUUGUAAUCGUGCUUAA